GUGGAGGAGUUCGAACAGGACGUUCCCCAGGACUUGGGGCCACUGCAGUUGGUGAAGUUGCGCAAACACCACUCCCUGGUGGACGACGCCUGGUUCUGCGACCGCAUCACCGUGCAGGGCCCAGGAGCCUUAGAGGAGGCCGCCUUCCCCUGCUACCGCUGGGUGCAGGGCCAGGGCGUGCUGACCCUGCCCGAGGGCACUGGUGAGGGGCCGCCUCAGGGAAGUGGCUGGGCCACCUGGAAGGAAGGGUUACCCAUGACAAUUGCUGCAGGCAGUUUAGAUGAUCUGCCUCCAAAUAUGAGAUUCCAUGAGCAGAAGAGGCUGGAUUUUGAGUGGACAGUGAUUGCAGGACAUAUGGAGAUGGUCCUCAAAUAUGUUUACACCCUCCCAAGCCCCUGGAAACGCCUGGAAGAUUUUGAUCAGAUCUUCUGGGGACAAAAGACUGCCAUGGCUGAGAAGGUUCGCCGGCGCUGGCAGGAUGAUGAGCUUUUUGGCUACCAGUUCCUCAAUGGCGCCAACCCCAUGGUGUUGAGACGCUCCACCUCUCUGCCCUCCCGGCUGGUGCUGCCCGCGGGGAUGGAGGAGCUUCGGGCCCAGCUGGAGAAAGAACUCCAGAAAGGUUCCCUGUUUGAGGCUGACUUCAUCCUACUGGAUGGGAUCCCAGCCAAUGUGAUCCAAGGAGAGCAGCAGUACCUGGCUGCCCCCCUUGUCAUGUUGAAGAUGGAACCCAGUGGGAAGCUGCUACCCAUGGUCAUCCAGAUCCAGCCUCCCAGCGCCAGCUGCCCCACCCCACCACUGUUCCUACCUUCAGAUCCUCCACUUGCCUGGCUCCUGGCAAAGACCUGGGUCCGAAGUUCAGAUUUCCUUGUUCAUGAGACCCAGUAUCACUUGCUGAACAUUCAUAUGCUGGGUGAGGUCAUUGCUGUGGCCACCAUGAGGUGCCUCCCAGGACUGCACCCUGUCUUCAAGCUCCUGAUCCCACACACCCGCUACACCAUGGACAUCAACACAAGGGCACGGAACCAACUCAUCUCAGAUGGAGGAAUAUUUGAUAAGGGAUGGAGCACCGGUGGAGGGGGCCAUGUGCAGGUGAUGCGUCGGGCCAUGGCUCAGCUGACCUACCGCUCCUUCUGUCCUCCUGACGAUCUGGCUGACCGGGGCCUGCUGGGAAUCCCAAGUGCCCUCUAUGCCCAUGAUGCUUUACGGCUCUGGGAGAUCAUUGCUCGGUGGGUGAGACUUGGAGAAAUAAAAGGUUUCCCUGUGUCCUUCCAGUCUCGGGCUCAGCUCUGCCAUUUCCUUACCAUGUGCAUCUACACAUGCACUGCCCAGCAUGCAGCAGUCAACCAGAGCCAGUUGGACUGGUAUUUCUGGGUCCCUAAUGGGCCAAGCUCAAUGCGGAUGCCCCCACCCACCACCAAGGAAGAUGUCACAAUGGACACAGUGAUGGGCUCAUUACCGAAUGUCUGGCAGACCAGUCUUCAAAUGACUUCCAUAUGGCUCCUUUGCCAUCCACAGCCAGACAAGGUACCACUGGGGCAUCAUCAAGAAGAGUAUUUCUCAGACCCUGAGCCCAAGGCUGUUUUAAGGCAGUUUCAGGCUGACCUGGACAACCUGGAAAAGGAAAUUGUGGCCCGGAAUGAGCAGCUAGACCUUCCCUAUGAACACCUGAAGCCCAGCCUCAUAGAGAACAGUAUCACUAUUUGA